GUUCCCCAAGUGGGUUGCCAUUAAUUCACUUUAUAUUCUGCUCCAAGCUUCUCUUAAGUUCUGUACUAAGUUUUUGUUUCUCUGUGUUUUGUUGAAGAUGGUCACUGCAGGAGAUCAGGAGAUGGUUAGUGGAGAGAAGAAGAGGUAUUGUAUGUUAAUGGCAGCAAGGGACUCUGAAUAUGUGAAGAAAGUGUAUGGUGGAUACUUUAAUGUAUUUCUUAAAGCAUUUGCAGAAGAAGGGGAAGAGUGGGACUUGUUUAAUGUUGUUGAUGGAGAGUUUCCUGAUAUGGAUGAGCUCUACAAGUAUCAUGGUUUUGUCAUUAGUGGUAGCCCUUAUGAUGCUUAUGGAAAUGAGCUUUGGAUCUUGAAGCUUUGCUUUCUAUUGCAAACACUAGAUGCCAUGGAAAAGAAGGUGAUUGGCAUAUGCUUUGGUCACCAGGUGUUGUGUAGAGCAUUGGGUGGUAAGGUUGGGAAAGCUAAUGAUGGAUGGGAUCUUGGGUUGAGGAAAAUCAGUAUUGUGGAAGACUUGCCCUUGUGUAGCCUCUUUGGUGUCCUUGAGGAAAUCCCACCUUCCCUUACCAUCAUUGAGUGUCAUCAAGAUGAGGUAUGGGAGGUACCUUUGGGAGCUGAGGUGAUUGCCUUCUCAGAGCAGACUGGAGUAGAGAUGUUUGUAAUUGGAGACCAUAUAUUAGGCAUUCAAGGCCACCCUGAAUAUACCAAAGACAUCUUAUCUAAUAUCAUCGAUCGCCUUGCUAACAACAACUCUGUACAAAAAGAAUUUGCUGAGGAUGCGAAAUCAAGACUGGAGAUAAAUGGCGAACCAGAUAGGAAGUCUUGGGAGAAGAUUUGCAAGAACUUUCUUAAGGGGGUUGUGAUUACUCCUCCUUACUAGCCAACUACAAAUAAUGAAAGAAGAAGGAAUAAUCAGAAAAGAAGGAGAAAACUCAUCCCUCAACAAAAUGUUUCCAUGAUAUAUUAAUCUCUAUAUCUUUUUUCAAAUCAUAGGACCUCAGUUCUUAUAUUUCCAUGA